AUGCGAGAUGUGUUUGCCAGGAACGUUGUGCUUCGCCACCAUCGCCGCACUGAACCUGACGCAGCUGAUCAUAUUCAACCCGAAAAUCCACGGUUGGUUCUGCCUUCCGUGGUUGUCUGCCGCCUCAUUUUCAGCUUGCACCAGUUCGGUAAAACCCAUGAAAAUUCUCACUGGCGUACAGAUGUCUCCUCGUGCCUCGCGUCCUUGGUAUUCCGAGCGUUCCCAGACAAUAUGGACAACUUAGGCGAGCCUCUCGACUGCCUGGGGUCAAAUCUUGGGUACGAGGAACGGGAUGAGACUUGUGUCCCAGCCUUGCUGGUCCGUGCAGGUGGAGACGAGGCGGCAGUCUGAACCUUGUCCGGCUCUCCUGGUCAAUGGCUACACGUCGCAAUCAUCUAUCUCCCGAGGAGUGCGUCAUCAGAACUUAGUCGUUUGUUUGUUCGUCCCGGAAUUAGGCUUGCCGCAGAUGAUACUGUAGUGUAGAGAAGGCUCUUUUGCAUCCAAAUUUCGAUGCUCUCAGCGUUCAGACAUGCAAAAAAGCAUGACGACAGGUCCUCC